UCUUAUUGCUACAGCGGCCAAAGUUUACUGCAGCUGGCUUACAUGUGCCCAUGGCUCGUCCGAAUUCGGGGACUGUGCUUCGACUUGCGGGGAUUUCCGGCUCAGCCUCAGUCAACUGGUCAAUCUACCCCGCAAGACUUCACCGCCAAGUCCUCAAGAUACUUUGGGAUAGCAGAGUAACAGGCAUAGAGCCGAGAUGGCACACAGCAACCUGAGCAAUAUUUCCUUCUCUCCAGGGAGGCAGUUUCUACACAACCUCGCGAGAGAACAAGACAACAGGCAGAGGGAAGAGGAACAAAGACUGGCCAGAGAGAGCGAACAGCUUGCGCGGGAGAAAAAGAUCGAAUCGGCCGUGCUCGCCACCUUCUACAGCUACCAGCCGAUCCACGACUCGUACGGGACGGGCACGCGCGUGCUAGUACUGAAACCGGGCGGCGGCGACGACAAGCUGGCCGGCCGCCUCGAGCCCCUCUGGGUCGGCAACAGCGGCGACUACAAAGCCCUGUCGUACGUGUGGGGCGAGCCCCGGCUGACAGACGCCAUACUCAUCGACGGCAAGAAGCUGGCCAUCACGGAGAGUCUGGGCGCGGCGCUGAGGCGGCUGCGUCCGCCGACGGGCCGGCCGGCGCUACGCAUCUGGAUCGACCAGAUCUGCAUCAACCAGCGGGACACGGUCGAGCGCAACAAGCAGGUCCGGCUGAUGCACGCCAUCUUCCGCGCCGCCAGCCAGAUCCUCGUGUGGCUCGGCCCCGACGCUGACGGCCACGCAUCGCGCGCCUUUCAGCUCGUCGGAGCUCUGCGCUCCAUCUUCGGCGACAAGCUCUUGGCCAGCCUGUGCAAGUCGAAGGGGGCCAGCCUCGAUUGGCUCCCCACCGAGUACUGGAGGUCUCUGCGCGAGCUCAGCAGGCUGCCGUGGUUCCGCCGGGCGUGGAUCCCCCAGGAGAUCGGCACGGAUGCCGAGGCCGUCGUGCACUGGGGCUCCGAGAACAUGGGGUGGGAGGCGCUGCACGACUCGAUGAAGAAGCUCGAGGUGCAGGGCUGGGAGCUCAAGAAGAAGUACAAGAUCGACACCAGCUCGGUCACGCUGCUGUUCCACCGCUUCGUCGACAAGCCGCGGCCCAAGGCGGAGAGCCGGGCGCAUCGGAGCUUCGUGUACCAGCUGUGCCUGAGCGCGCGGACGCUGGCGACGGACCCGCGCGACUACGUCUACUCGCAGCUGGGCCACCACUCGGCGUGGGUCGAGGCGGAGCAGGCCAUCAUCAUCCAGCCCGACUACGACAACGCCAUCUCGACCAUCUACCACGAGAUCGCCAUCCGCGCCCUCAGCAACGACAGCACGCUGAUGCUGCUCAACGCCGUGUCGGACAGCGGCGACGCGCGGCCGCCACUGCCCGGGCCCGACCCGCUGCUGCCGACGUGGGUGCCGCGGUGGGACGCCGGCCGCUUCCACAGCCUCGUCGGCCACCCGGGCCGCUACCGGGCGGCGGGCUCGUCGCGGUCCGGCAUCACGAGCGGCUCGUUCGAGGACGGGUACAAGACACUGGUGGUCAAGGGCGUCGUCGUCGACACCAUCGCCAAGGUCACUCCCAGGUUCACCUCGCACUGUUUCGUGUCGGACUCGUCCAAGAAGGACCUCGUCCAGGCCGCCUGGCGGCUCGCCCGGCUGAGCGCGGCCGCCUCUCCCCCGGCCCAGCCGUCGUCCUCCAGAGCCGACACCGCAAGGGGCAGCCAGGCGUCGCUGUCGUCGUCGUCGUCGUCCAAGAGCGACGCGGCCAAGUUCACCACCCAGGGCGCGUACCGCGGCGACGCCUCGGCGCCGGCUCUACUGGCCUUUCUCGAGACGCUCGCGCCCGCAGCGCUCGUCACCGAGCUGUCCUCGCCGGCUACUCCCCCGCCGGCAGCCACCCCGCGACUGAUGCCCAAAAUCCCGAAACCGCCUCCUGCGGACUCAACCACCACCACCAACAACAACAGCAACAAUACAGCAGCAUACCACUCGGGCCUCGCCGCGCUGCAAAAGCUGUUCCCCAGCUCGUCGAGCUACAGCAGCAAGCACGACCCGCGCAAGCUGCUAUCACUGGCCGCGUCCACAGCAGCCCCUGACAGUACCACCACCACCACCAACAACAACAACAACACCAGCACCAGCACCAGCACCAGCACCAGCAACAGCAAACAGAAGCCACCGCCCCCGAAUCCCACGGCCUGGCUACAAGCCGCCGAAGACCACGCCGUGCACCGCUGCUUCGCUGUGACACAAUCCAAAAACGACAACACUAGCACCACCACCACCACCACCACCACCACCAAUAACAGAGCAGAAGGAAAACCCGGCGGCUGCUACUUCGCCAUGGCGCCGCCGACCGCCCGGGCCGGCGACGCACUGGUGCUGCUGGCCGGCGGCGAGACGCCUUACGUGCUGCGUCCUGUUACUGCCGAGGCGAAGAAGGACCGCUGGGUGUUUGUAGGCGAGGCGUACGUUCCGGGCCUGAUGGGGGCUGUGGAGGGCGAGGAUGGUGGCGCCAAGGGGAAUGGUGGUGGCAGUAAGUGGCCCGGGGAUGGAGCUGGGGUGGUGACGUUUCGGAUUGGUUGAGGUUCUUCUAUCAAGCGUGUGGGGGGCUUGACGUUGGGAUUGCCGUAGCCGCGUACAAACCAGACGCCUUGCUUGGAGGUCCGCGCAACAGCUGUGGCUACCCUGAACAUGGAGGGCUUGGAGACGAGAGUUUGGAGAGAAACCUUGUUCGUUGUAUAGCCGGCGUAGCGCCGGGUGCAAGACACUACUCUUAGUUCUAGAAGCUGCGCUGCAUGUGAACAAGGCAGACCGGGCACCUUGGGUACGGACCGGAGCCGGAGACAACACACAAUAACCGCACAAGUCUCGCGGCCGAGGUCACUUGGGCCAAGCAGACAGUCCAGCCGAUUCACGAGUCGAGCCACGAUCCGAUGCCCAUUUCAUCACGCGCUGAGCGGGCCGGCCCGGCGCCGUCGAGG